UAUUGUCCAAAUUAUCCUUUAGCAAUAAAAACACAUAUAAGUAUAGAAGCUUCAGCCUGAAAACCAAAAUUCAGUCUACAUUUACAGUAAAUUAAAUAUCGUUUUAUCUUGGAAUACACGAAAGUGGAAACACUCUCCGAGUAUUUUUAUUAUAUAAAAGGAAAAUAUUCGAGGCAUUGUAUCGAGAUAAUAACGUCAUAACUUUAACAAGGAGUGGUGACAAAAAUGUGUCCAAGUAUUUUAACGAAAAUAAAAGCCGUUUGGGAUUUUUAUGAAUAUACUUUGGUCGCCUCGCUGACGCGCUCGGGGGAUGCUGUGACGUCACUCGCAGUGUUAGUGUUUAUAUAUAGUGCAGAAAUGGCUUGCUCGUGGUUUUAUAGCCUCUACGUCACAAGACAACGUCGGCAAGCUUUCGAUGUGACAGUAUGAGUGAGUCGCGCCUUACUCCCAUCGCCUAGUUAUCCGGUUAUUGGUCCAGUGUACAAGUUCGAUGAGACUUCGCUUUGAUGUCGCACUCGCGCUUUUUAUAGUGUCACCUGCAGCGUGGCAUAGCAUAGCAUAGCAUAGCGCGGCAUAUGCACGACUGCACCGGAAAUUACCAGUGUAUGACGUCAAUUGAAUUUGGUCCAUUUCCCUGACAAUUUCCGCCUACACGCGGUACGUACGGUUCGCUGCGAGAUACAUGAAAAAGUUCCACUCCUCCCAACGCCACCUGAUCUAUACAUGCGGGUUGCUGAACAACCAGCAAACUGCGAACCUUGGGGGAGGCAGCAGUUGACGUCUUUCGGCUGACGCAACGAUACAGUGCGUCAGAAAGGUUCAAUAGGUCCUGAGUAGAUAUGAGCGAGUUGGCAUGUCAGCACGCCCAGCACGAAACUAACGAAAAACUGUUUACAAUGUAAUGGGCGUCUGAAAAUAUUUUCCACUUCUCUAGCGUAUUGUUAAGUAUUGAAGUUUUAUUAAAAUCCGUGGGUGCUAAGAAUUGUUACUCAGAUAACACUCUAGAAACAAUGCAAUAUAAAAAAUAUAUCUGACUUUGUAUUUUGCAGUUAUUUGUGUUUGAGCAUUACUUGUAAUAUUAAUGGGCUGCGCUUCCCACCGCAGCCUCAUAUUCCACGGAACUGACGUGUAGUGCACGCGGCGCAGUCGCUCAAUCAUGCAUGAAAACUAUAUUUAAGCAAUGAAUAACACACGAUGCCAGUAAUCGCGCUGUUCAUAAAAUAGAGGAGUAAUAAAGUUUCCAGCCGUUGGUUUUAGUCAAUUAGGACUCAGUUCCCACGUCAUGUUCAAUGUAACGUUCGAUCGUGAAUAUAUUCAGACUAACAUAUGUUUGCAGAUUGACUAUGAAAAGCUGAAAAUAUGUAUCUGAAAUCCUUAUGAGGCAUGAAUAGAGCGAGCCAGAACGUGCCGCGUCACGCUGACAACAAAUUUGUUUUUUUAAACUUCCUGAUUAUCAUCGAGCAUGUCUUUAGCGAUGUGUGCGUUUCCCCUCGCUCCCUCCCCCCUCCCUCCACCCAGCUGUCACCCCCGCGAUAUUACGACCAUUAAUAACUCGCUGUCAACGGGUUUAUUUUACAAAACAUGAGAGUUGCCACCCCAUCGCCCUGAUUUUGUCGCGAAGAUAUUUUAUGACGUGGCUAAUUCUUAUCAUAAGAAAAUAAUCUAGAUAUCAGUGCAAGUGGGAACAUCGUUUCGUUGAGAUGUUACAGAGUGUAUGAUAUGAGAUAUUACACAAAUCCCAAAAAGGCUGGUCGUAUCAAUAAAUAAUUGAGUUUGUAGUGUGUGCGGGCGAGCGUCGGCGAGCGACGUGGCGUGGCGGUGGCGUGGCAGUGGCGUGGCGACGCGUGGCGGGCGCGUGACGCGGCGCGCCCACAAUAUCUCAUAUUUGCUUUGUCAAAUAAAUCACCGGAACUGCUUAUUGAUCUGAAGUGAGAGUCGCGCCACCCGCCCGGUACAAACAAAUACCCCUUACUCCUAAAUAAACAUGAUUUAUACUAAUGGCAAAGACAGAAACUUGCUCACGACGUCGCGACUAUAAUACCUUUAGUUUAGCUCGAAACAGGUAACAUAGGAGUUAAAAGUCAAACUUCGCAUACAGACGAACGUGUUCGCAUUAAUGAAAUACAUCAUUUGUGUCUGCCGUGAGACGCGUCGUCGCCGAGUUAAUUAAUAUAAGUGAACAACUUCACAACAACAACAGUUUUUGUAAUAUCAUGUCUACUUUGACUUAUUAGUCCUGAUAAACGCUCUGUCAUGAGUUAUAAUGUUUACGAGCUAAAUAAUUACUGUUAACCUGAGUUUAAGUUGACAAUCGUGACUCAUGAAUGGGCGACAUGUAGGAAAUAACGUUUUUAUUCGUAAGUAGUUAAAGGUGCGGCGAGUGCUGAACAUUGACCUGCGACGUGUCUGCAAGUGACAGGCGGUGGCUUUGUGUUGCUGUUGCAGGAUUCAAGAGAAUCUGGGUUUGUGUAAGGGUAACUAAACGAGGCAAAUAUCAAACUCGGGUUGAGAAAUGGUGCUCGUCGGAAAACAAAGCUUUGACGUAGAUAGGGUGCUGCUGGCGCUGCUGGCGACGUGCCUGCGCCUGCACGCGCUCCUGCACCACUCCUACACGCUGCCGCCGGGCGCACUCCUCACAGGGGGUGAGCGGUUCGACUACAUCGUGGUGGGCGCGGGCGCAGCGGGCGCGGCCGCCGCCGCACGCCUGGCCGCCGCCGGGGCCCAAGUGCUGCUGGUGGAGGCUGGCACAGAUCCCAGUUACAUCUCCAAGAUCCCCAGUGCGGCCACGUUCCUGCUGGGCUCGGAGCUCGACUGGCAGUACCAGACGAUCCCCAACAACGUGUCGUGCCUGUCGUCCCGCGGCGGGCAGUGCCGGCUCAGCCGCGGCAAGUGCCUCGGCGGCUCCACCUCCAUCAACUACAUGCUGUACACGCGCGGCAACAGGCAGGACUUCCACGACAUGCCCGUGCCCGGGUGGACCUGGGACGACCUCAAGCCAUACUUCCUAAAGUACGAAGGUUUACAAGACUUGAACCUGCUGCCAUCCUCUUCUAAGCCAUAUCACAACACUUCAGGAACGAUGCGCAUCGGUUUCUUUGAUGAUUCCCAAAACCCGUGGCACUCCAGGCUCAUGCGGUCAUACAUGUCUCUAGGAUUACCAGAAAAUCUUGAUGUAAACGCAGAUUCGCAGAUUGGUGUCAGUCAACUUAUUGGGUACGUUCACGACGGAGAGCGUAUGAGUACGGCGCGAGGAUAUUUAGCAAGAGAAGAUGUCAAAAGAACUCUUAAGAUCGCUAAGAAUGCUCUGUGCACGGGGGUUAUUAUUGAUAGAAGAAAUAUCGCGCGAGGUGUCACUGUUGUUCAAGGUUUGUUGAAGUUAAAAGUAUACGCGCGCAGGGAAGUGAUCCUAAGUGCUGGAGCCAUUGGAACUCCGCAAAUAUUGAUGUUGUCUGGUGUAGGACCUGCCGAACAUUUACACAGUUUAGGUAUUCCAGUAAAAGUGGACUUGCCAGGCGUAGGAGCGAACAUGACGGAUCAUGUGCUGCCGCUCAUUUUGGCUCAGGUUGAUCAAAGUAACCGAAUACACGACGAUGUGAAGAAGCUGGCGACCUGGACUGACCAGCUCGCACAGUUACUUGUCAUGCGGUCAGGUCCUCUCACUUCCAACGGAUUAACGGAUGUGAGUGUGUUCAUCAACUCGCACUGCUAUAACUUUACACGAAGAAAACUGCUGAACGUAAGCUUUGAUGGGAGCGACUGUGAGCUACCAAAUCUUCAAAUAAUUCAUGCGUAUGUAGAAAGGAACUUAUUGCCUGCAGCUAAGCAUGUGUUCCAGCGUAUCACAGGCUUUAAUGACGACGUCGUGGAACAAAUAGUAAAAGCAAAUGAGAACCACGCGCUCAUUGUAAUAUCUCCAGUUGUCUUGAGUCCCCAUUCAGUCGGAUAUGUCAGGCUUGCUAGCUCCGACCCUAGCGUUCAUCCCGCCAUCUUCCCCAACUACUUGAGUGACGAGAGGGACGUGGACGAAAUGAUGUUCUCCAUACGUAUAAUCGAACAGCUCAUGGAGACGCCGCUGUUUAGGAAACGGAAUGCGACUCUGCUUCAUUUGGAGUUGCCAGGAUGUCCUGGUAUUAGCGAGGACAGGUCUAGCUACUGGAGGUGCUACAGCCGCCACGUGACGAGCGCGGUGUUCCACAGCGCGGGCACGUGCGCGCUGGGCGCGGUGGUGGACGCGCGGCUGCGCGUGCGCGGCGUGCGGCGCCUGCGCGCGGCCGACCUGGGCGUGCUGCCGCGCGCGCCCCGCGCCUCUACCGCCGCCGCCGCCAUCGCUCUCGGGGAGAGACUCGCCGACAUGCUGCUCGAAGAUGACACUGCUGCUGGACUAUGACUACUGUUCAGCAUUUAUAGUGGGUUAGGUUUCGUAUAGGAAGACGGCUAAUGUGCGACUGUACCGCAAUACGCACUCGAUGCUGACAGGUUUAUGGUGUCGGCGGCGAUAUAUCACACAUCGCAGGUUAACAAACACACGAACUGUGCUUUCGUCACCAACUUAAUAUUACGUAUUUAUUGUUAUUGAAGUCGGUAUUCGUGUGUUCCGCGAGUAGUAAAGUUGGCAACUCUGUUGAUAUUAAAUCUAUCGCUCGUGAAGAA